GUGCUAGGGGGGAGGGUGGCCGGGGUGGGCGGCUCGACUCUCUGCUCCGCCGGGGCUUGUGCAAGUGCCCCCGAGCCGGGCACACGCGCCCCGCGGGCACACUCAGCGACAGCGGGGUUUGCGGCCGGCUGACCCCGGAGGCGAAGCAGGGCGGGCGGGGCGGUUUUCAUGUGUUGGCCCCUGGUUUAGUGGAGUCACACCCGGGGCUUUUCUGUUUGUAGUUCUGGUUUUUGGUCGGGGCGGCGAGGGGCUGAGGGACUGAAAGAUGGAGACUGUCAGUCGAAGCAGCUUCCAGCCGCAUCCCGGGCUGCAGAAGACCUUGGAACAGUUUCAUCUGAGCUCCAUGAGCUCCCUGGGUGGCCCGGCCGCCUUCUCCGCCCGCUGGGCGCAGGAGAUGUACAAGAAGGACAAUGGCAAAGACCCGGCGGAGCCCGUCCUCCACCUGCCCCCCAUCCAGCCCCCGCCGGUGAUGCCGGGCCCCUUCUUCAUGCCCUCGGACAGGUCCACGGAGCGCUGCGAGACCAUCCUGGAAGGGGAGACCAUCUCCUGCUUCGUGGUGGGUGGCGAGAAGCGGCUCUGCCUGCCCCAGAUCCUGAACUCCGUGCUCAGGGACUUCUCCCUGCAGCAGAUCAACUCGGUGUGCGACGAGCUGCACAUCUACUGCUCCAGGUGCACGGCCGACCAGCUGGAGAUCCUGAAAGUCAUGGGCAUCCUGCCCUUCUCGGCCCCUUCCUGCGGGCUCAUCACCAAGACUGACGCCGAGAGGCUCUGCAAUGCCUUGCUCUACGGGGGCACCUACCCGCCCCACUGCAAGAAGGAGUUCUCCAGCACCAUCGAGCUGGAGCUCACCGAGAAGAGCUUCAAGGUGUACCACGAGUGCUUUGGGAAGUGCAAGGGACUCCUCGUGCCAGAGCUGUACAGCAACCCCAGCGCUGCCUGCAUCCAGUGCUUGGACUGCAGGCUCAUGUACCCGCCUCACAAAUUUGUGGUCCACUCGCAUAAAUCCCUGGAGAACAGGACUUGCCACUGGGGCUUUGACUCGGCUAACUGGAGGUCCUAUAUCCUCCUCAGCCAGGAUUACACCGGGAAAGAGGAGAAAGCAAGGCUGGGCCAGUUCUUGGAUGAAAUGAAAGAGAAAUUUGACUACAGCAACAAAUACAAGAGAAAAGCACCCAGGUUUGUCCACAUCUUUCCUGAAGUGGGAUGCCCAGAACUGGACACAGUACUUCAGUUGAGACCUCCAUGGUCUCCUCUGGCCAGUAUAGACCAGACCUGGAUCGCCAUUCCCAUCUCUCCGGCUCCAUGGCUGAUGCCCUUGCUCCAUCCUGGUGUGCUGUCUGUCUGCUUUCUGCAUGCCAACAUGUCUCCAAAGUGUCUGAGCUACUAAAGCCUCAAAAGAGGGCUUUUAAGCUUUUUUGAUUGGUGGGCAGUCUCCAGUAGAACAAUGUGGGAUCCUGUCCCCCUGCCCCAUAACAUUUUCUGCGGGUCAUUGAACUGAGCACAGCCUGAUCAUGCUUUAAUAUCCCCCUCCCCUUCCAUUUCAGAGCUAGACUUUUUCUUUUUUAGCAAAACGACAUAGAAUUAGAGACCGGGGGAUAAGAGAAUUCCGUGCACACUCCCA